AUGCACAACACCAUCUUGCAACCUGUAACUAUCCAAACCCUUCAAUACUUUCUUACUAUUUGGAGACGAGACUCUGCUACUCAAAAUAACUUAGAAAUUUGUUCCCAAAGUAUUUUCUUGUGGAAUCCUAAUGAUCCUGACGAUACUAGUAAUAUCACUACACUAGUGAAUACCACAGUGGACCUUUCAUCUGAACCUAUUGAUAUGGAUACCCUCUUGGAUACUUUCUUAACCAAAGAACCAGAAAUCAACCCAACCUUAAUCACCACUCUUCCCGAACUAGAAACCGAACCAAACACUGAAGUUUACCAAAAA